GGUGCCCCGAUGCGCUCAUUGGUGCCUCCCUCCAACGUGUCACCAGUUUUUGUGGAUUACCCCAGAUAUCUUCACCUGCUGGAGGGUGAAACACCACUCCUGUCUCUCAGCUGCUCUCCUCACGGUGUCCAGCUGCAACAAGAACCUUUGACAAAACUUGUCUCGUUCACAGAACAACUCAGGGAAGAUUUGAAGACUUAUUUGAUUUGGUCUUUUUACGCACGACGAACACAGCGAUGCAUUUAUUUGCUUUAGGUUCAAGUAUGACGGCUUUCUCUUUGCCAUUAUCUCUCUUUUUGGCACCUUUGCUGCUGAACGCUCUCCGGGUCAGUGGCUCCCCGUCCCCGGGCUGCGCUUCGUGUGGCUUACCUUCAAUGGAGAGAGACGCAGAGGAGAGGCUGAUGACAGAAAUCGCCAAGCAGCAAAUUUUGGAGAAGCUGCACCUAAAAGAGAGACCCAACAUAACUCACACGGUUCCCCGGGCGGCGCUCCUCACUGCGCUGCGCAAACUGCACUCGGGGCGCGUCAGACAGGAUGGGACUCUUGAACUAGAAAGCGAAAUACCUACCAAAGAUCCAGGCUAUGAAAUAGUGAGCUUUGCAGAUAUAAGUAAGAUGGACAGUGGUGAGGGGGGCAGCCUCAGCCUCAACUUCCAGUUUCAGCAGGAACGAGGCCAGAGUAUCCAGGUACUCGAGUCCUCUCUGUGGAUCUAUGCCCGCUCUUCUGAGGACCCUCGCCGGGACUCACGACUCUUUGCCAGAGUCUUCCUUUCUGCAGUUGGAGAGGUGUCUGGUAGCAACCGCACCCUGGUGAUAGAGAAGAUGCUGGAGGUCCAGGACAGUAACUGGCACACCUUCCCCAUCACCCGCACCCUGCAGUCAUUCCUCGACGGUGGCCAACGCCGCCUACGGCUGGAGGUGAGCUGCGAUGAAGAUGGGAAGAAUCUUUGCUCCCUUGAUGACACAGCUAAUUCCGCCGCGCACCAGCCCUUCCUGGUGGCCAAGGUGCGUCUCCGGGAUGACCGCUCCAAACACAUACUCAGGAAGCGUUCCUUGCAUUGCGGGAAUGUAGUAAGCGUGUGCUGCAAGAGAGAAUUCUACAUCAAGUUCAAGGAUAUCCAGUGGGACGAGUGGAUCAUUGCACCUGAAGGCUACCAUAUGAACUACUGCAUAGGUCAGUGCCCCCAACAUCUGGCUGGUUCCCCUGGAAUCGCAUCAUCUUUCCAUGCCACUGUCUUCAGCCAGCUGAAAAUCAACGGCAUCAACACAGCCACAACUUCAUGUUGUGUUCCCACUGAGCGCCGGCCACUCUCCAUGGUCUUCUUUGACUCUCAGCACAGCAUUGUCAAAAUGGAUGUUCCUGACAUGAUAGUGGAAUCCUGUGGAUGCACAUAGAGGAGACAGUAUGAGAGACAUGGUACUUAACAUAGAUUUGUUUUGUGUGUGUAUUGUAGACAGAGACUCACAGAGUGAUACAAACACACGUCAACAGAGCAGAUGACCAAACACAAAACACUUACUCAGGUAACAUCUGACUGAUUUGACUUCAAAAUGAUAACUGCCUUAUAAAGAUUAUUUAGUUUUAAGGUCUUGUAUUAUGCAGUAUGUAAGUAGCAGGCUGCAGAGAAAAACUAAGUUUCUCAAUUUUUAAGACUGGAACAUAGUUCAAUACCUAGUUUCAGGCGAGUGAAUAUAAUUUAUGCACAAAUUGUGAAUGCAGAAACAUUCAUAUAUCAGAGGCAUAAAUUAAAGAGAGGAAAUGAACUAAGCAACAUUAACACGUGUUAAACUCAACACAGAUCAGAAAGGUGUGAUAUCAAUGUAAAACAUUUGGCAGGCGUGCAAACUAGUUCAGACUAGGGCUGAUUGAUGUCAGACCUGGAUUGCAGAUGUUGUUUACAUUAAGAGAAUAAUGUGAUGCCUUCAAGUGAAUCCUUUCUCAUUUUUGUCAUAUUUUGUUUAUUUAUUUUGUUUUCCAAAAUUGCUGCUGGGAUUCAGUUCAAAGAUGCAGUGAACUGUUUUAUGGAUCUUAGGAAAUUGUGAACAGAAGUGACACGACUUUCAAUGCAAAUUACAUUAUAUUAUAUAUUAUAUUUCCUGUAUGUUUCAUAUGUUCACAGUGUCCACAUACUGUAUAUAGAAUCUAAGAGAUCCUAGAUUUAAAUUGUGCCUUCUUUAAGUCGUGAUGACCAAGUGGACUUACUCUUCAAGUAUAACUUCGGGAAAUUAUAACUCACCUGAACUUAACUCAGUAGUAUAAAUGGCUGGUAAUAAAAGCAUUUGAGCAUCAUUCUCAGUUAAAAACUUUGAUAAUAUUUCUAAGAUGAAAAAAGGGCUUUGUUAAAAUGACAGUUAAAUUGAGUUCUGAGUCUAAACUCACUCCCAAAUUUGUGAUUUCAUUUGUUUGCUACGACCUAAAAGCCCAGAGUUUAUAUUUCCUCCUGCUGCUUUUGAACCUUUUAAAACACUUGAAAAUUCCUCAUUUGGUUUUUUAAAAGUUUGAGAGCACUGAGAGCAAGCAUUGGACUGGGGUCAUUUGGGGAAACAGAACUGUACAACUGGAAGCAUAAUGAAAACAAAAUUGGGCCAAGAAUAUUUCCUUGAGGAACACCAUUUUCAUAAGGGUCUCUCAUGUGUUAGAAAAUAUUUUUUAGGUUGACAUCUCACACAAUUCUACUGCUAUUCUGAUGAUUUUACUCUUUUUUACAUCCACGAAAAAAUGUAAUUAUAUGACAAAGUUAUGAUAAGGAGCAGUUGUUUUUUACAGUGCAAGAGAACACUGAAAUUGAACUGAAUCAGUUAAAAACUGCUGAAAUCUGCCCUAACCUCACUCUGAUUGCAGUUGAUGCCGCAUGCAGGUUGAAAUAUGCUUAAUCAGCAUCUCCACUGUAUUAUUUACACAAGUCGGGCAAUCAGUUGGGUAACUGUGACUUUGACAGAAUAUGACCCCAGGGUUAUUUUUCAGCAGCGUGCUCAAACAUUUAGCUAUUGCUUCAGUGUCAGGUAAUGUGAAGGUCUGUGAAGCAGUGGGAUCAAUGACCAGGGCGCCUUUAAAUGAUUCACUUGUAUUUACACUUUUCAGUAAAAACCUAUAAGAAAUAUUUUUAAUACUGGAGUUUAUCAUUGCAGUUCACAGAUUUAUCCUGUAAGCACUUCCUGUCACAAGGUUCACUGUGACAUUGAGGCGCCAUUGUACCAUAACUUACUAUGCACUUUAUCAUCCUACUGUAUUUUUAUAGCUAAUUUUAUAGGCCUUCAGAGAGCACAAUGUCAAUUCGCAAUAUAUUUUAAGCUCUAAGUUGUGUUUAAAUGUGUGGUAUUGUAUAUAAUUGCAGAUGACAGAUGAUGCAACAAUUUCUUUAUAAUGUAACUGAUGGAAAUGGAGCCAGGAUUUGACUUAUAAUUAUUGACUUCAUUUUUUUUUAUUUCAUACCAUAUUUAAUGUAUAACAAAUUGUUUGUUUUGCAAAUAAAUGAUAAUAUUUGCAAUAAAAUUUGUCUUAAUGUGC